CCAUUUUCAGAUGCAGAAACUACUAGGAAAGAUGACAAACUUCAUAAUUCAGUUCCUGUAAAAUAAUUAUUCUUAUUUUGAUGUUGAAGUAUAGAGUUCAAAUGUUCCCAUUAGAAUUGGUAGGGAACAUAUAUUUAACCAGGAUAGGAACGUUUAAUAUCAUUGCAUUAAAAGCUUCUGUUUUGAAUUCAAAAACAAAUCCAUGUGCUCAUGUUUCUAAGACUUCACAGACACCACCAAUUGGUUAGUUUCUUGGCCACUCAUAUCAAGAUAUUUGAGGCACCUAUAUGUGUAUAUAUGUGUAUGUGUGCCAUUUUCAGCCAUCAGAAAAAUCCCAGCUUUGGCCUUCUCCUUUGUUUAUACCGAGAUUCAAGAAUGGCCAUUCUCCAGAUUCUGAGAUGCGAAAGAAGAUCAGCUUCAGCAGGAAGUGAUGUUCCAAAGGGCCAUUUUGCUGUUUAUGUUGGGGAAGGUGCAAAAAAGAGAUUCAUCAUGCCACUGUCUUUCUUGAACGACCCUUCGUUCCAAGAUUUGUUGAGUCAAGCUGAGGAAGAAUUCGGAUUCACUCAUCCAAUGGGGGGUCUAACCAUUCCAUGCAGCCAGGAUGUAUUCAUUGACAUUGCCUCUCGUUUGCCCAAAAGGCGAUAGUUUUAGAGCAACGAAGUUUUGUAGUCUAAUUAAGGUAGUUCGGGUAAACAACAUUGUUUGUCGGGUACAAAAUGUACUCCUGGACAGAUUCAAGUGUGCCUUAAUUAUUAAUCAAAUAUACCAAAUCAAUUUUUGCUGC